GAGCAGAAGAAGAAGAAGACGACGACGACGACGACGACGAAGCAGACGGUGGACGCCGUUCUGGUUGCUGUGUGCGUGUGCUUGUUCAUUUCCGCGUGGUCGCGGGCCUCGCCGUUGUCUCUCUCUCGCCCGCCUCGGUCGAGCAUGGCGUACCAGUUGUACAGGAACACCACGCUGGGAAACAGCCUGCAGGAGAGCCUGGACGAGCUCAUUCAGACGCAGCAGAUCACACCCCAGUUGGCCCUGCAGGUUCUUCUUCAGUUUGACAAAGCCAUCAACACAGCACUCGCCAACCGCGUACGCAACCGCGUCAACUUCAAGGGUUCGCUGAACACUUACCGCUUUUGCGAUAACGUGUGGACGUUCGUGUUGAACGACGUGGAGUUCCGAGAAGUCACCGACCUCGUCAAGGUGGACAAGGUCAAGAUUGUGGCAUGCGACGGAAAGAAUUCCGGCUCCAAUGCGGCAGAAUGACCACGCCCUCCACCAAGACCCUCAAGUGUACAUAUGCGUGUCAUUCGUCAGUGCGUGUCAACUUGCAGCAUUUUCUUUUAGGCUUGUUUUCUACCUUGAUUAAACUUGAAUCCAAAAAGUC